GACACGGGGACCAAGUCUCUUUCUGAAUUGCCACCUGUGCGCGUGAACUCUCCGCGUUCGCGCGCGGUGCAUAAAAGUGCACUGAGUCAUCCGGGGACCAUUACGUUUACGUUCCGAGCGGGCAGCAUCGGCUCGCUGUUGCUGGUCGCGAAAUCAUCGUUGCGAUAGAAUCGAAACUCGAAUCGAGGUAAAAAGUCCCGAGUAAUUGCCGGUCUACGCGCAAUUGAAGUGGAACCGGCACGUACCGGGUGUCGGGUAGAAACCGGGACCGAAGACUUGACCGACUCGUUCUUCAAUUGAUCGAUAUAAUAAAUUGAAUUCAAUUCGAAUUGAUUGAUAAAGCGAUCGUUGAAUUUGAGAUGCAAAUGAGCGUAGGAUUUAGAAACUAGACCGGAUUAUGGUUGUUUCCUGAACGAAGACAGAGAAAAUUGAUACUGUGUGAACUAAUUUCAUGCUUGCACCAGGUUCGCCCAUAAAUCUCGUGUUCUCCUUUUAUCUCAAUCGUAAUUGCAUAAUGUGUGGAAAGAAGCAGAGGUUUCAUAGCACUAUUCAGGGCAAAUGUUUAUUUACUACAAGAAGCAAUUUUUAUUGGCUAUUCGUAAUACGAGCAUAAUCGUAUUAUAAUGCUUUUUUCCGGUUCGUUUAUUUCCUCUUCAAACAAUCUGGAAAUGUUGCUUUAUCGAGAACUACUACACUAACAAAUACCUGUACGUUGUUAGAGAAAUAGAACUAUUAUUAUUACCAAAGAGAUCGAACCGGAUUUAUGGCACAAUAAAGAAGAUCAGUUAUGCGAUUCCUCAUAUGAAAACAAACUCUCUUGACCAGGGAAGAAUUUUAUUUUCUUCGGGUGUUCUGACAUUUCUUGUAUUGCGUAGCGAUGAACGAGGUAGUAAUGAAAGUUAUAAUAAUAAUCACUCUUUUAUAAUGUCCCAUUUGAUCAGUGUCGUCUUAGAGGAGACCUAUUAAGGCCGUCCACGGGCGAUAAUUUAAAAAUAAUAAUCCUUUGCGUGGUCAUCGCGCUAUGAAAACAGUGUGUUGAUCGUGUUCUUUGAGAACUUCACGCACAACAUGCAUCAUUGUCUGUUGUGGCCUACCAGAUCCGAUAAUUGCGGAGCGUGAGCUUUCAACACGGCCGCGUAUCUAGCUAGGCCCGUGCUCGCAUUCUAUUAACGGAAUCCUUUCUCAGUUUAUAACGGGAGCGCACAGGAGCUAACAUUUUUUCAUGUCGCCGCGCUUUCAAUUUUCUUGCACGCGAUUACGAGACCGCACACUCUGGUGACUCGCGAGACGGUUCCACAGAUUUUGUCCGACCGACGAGUCACUCAAAUAAUUUCGGGAGCCAUCGCCCAAAACUUCUUUGUUCCUGGGUUAUUUUCACAGCGUUCGACUAACGGCUUAACAAAUUUUUUCUAACAAAGUGUGAUUACGUAUAAACGGUUGCACAACAGGAAACCGUUACCUCAGGAGAUACCUUUGUAUUAACUUCGCAAACGGGCGCAGAUAAGAGAAUAUAUACAUGUAAAUGUUGAAAGAUACCAGUGGUAAUUUGUACACCGAAAUAUAGAUAAAUGUCAAUGCUUUUUAGUAAAUUGCGGAAAGUCGCUGUACAGUGCGAGUUCAACUUUGGAGCUUACCCAUUUCCACGCGCUCCUGGGACAGAUAAGAUGCGAGCGAACCAGUCGAGGCCGAGGGUUGCCAAAGAUCCCGACGAGCGGUUCAGCUGCGACCAGCAUGAUCCCAGAAACCAGAGGAUUUAAUAUAAACGACGACACGUGUCUCGUUCACGGCUAUAAUUGUUUGAAAAAAUUCACGUGAUUCUCGAUCGAACGCUUUUAAUUCCGCGUGUGGUAUCUCUACGCGCGGCUUAUGCUAGUGGGAGAGAAGUAAAGAGGAGAAGUGAUUUGAGAGGCGAGGGAUAAUCGCCGCCGGAUCGAAGAGUGGUGGACGGAUAACGCGGGAAAAAAUGUUCAAGCUCGCUGGACGACAAGAAUGGGAGGCUUCGACGAAAGACAUACGGCUGCAGCUGAACGAACAGCUGAGAUGUCUCGACAUCAGGAUGGAGGCCCAAGUCGCCAUCGUGGCGGAGCUUCAGGAUUUUUUUCGAAAGAGAGCCGAGCUCGAGCUCGAUUACAGCAAGUCCCUCGACAAGUUGGCCAGAAGCAUACAGCUCAGACACAAGGAGCAGAAGCAAAAGCGAGAACAGUGGCCCCUAUUCUCGAGCUAUGCUUGCUGGCAGCAACUUAUCAGCGAGACCAAGUCCUUAAGCAGGGAUCACGCAGCUCUGUCCGAAGUGUACAGCACGCAUCUCGUCGGCCGUCUCAACCAGGUGAUGGAAGACGUUCAACGGAUAUACAAACGAUGCCGGGAAAUAGGCUACGAGACGCAUGAGGAGAUCCUCCGGGUUUUGGACGAGUUGCAUAUCGCGAUGAAGACGUAUCAAGCGUACCUGACAGGGUCACGGCAAGCGGAAACGAAGCUCCGCAUCGCGGAACAACAGCGUAGCAAGCUCGAAGUGGCAAAUGCCCCGCCCGAGAAGCUCGCGCGCAGCAAAAAGUAUAAGCUCAUGGAAAAGGAAGUGAACAAGAGGAAAGCGAAGUACCAGGAGGCAAAGCUGAAGGCCUUGCAAGCGAGAAACGAGUACAUCUUGUGUCUCGAGGCGUCGAACACGACAAUACACAAGUAUUUCGUCGACGACCUUUCGGAUCUCAUCGACUGUAUGGAUUUCGGCUUUCACAAUUGCAUCGCGAGAGCGUUGUUGAUGCAUUGCAGCGCAGAGGAAGGUAGACAGCGUUCGCUGCAAUCUGGUGCUGAACAGUUGGCCAGUUGUGUCGGUGCUUUAGACUCGAGGGCGGAUAAGCAGAGAUUCUUGGAAUCUCAUCACGCCGCUUUCAUGAUUCCUAAGAAGUUCGAAUUCCAAGGACAACGAGGGGAUGAGUCUCCUGAACCAGAAUUACAAAAAAUGUUGCAUGCCGAAAUGGAGCAACGAUUAUCCCAGUUACAACAGAGACUAACGUCGCUUAGAACCGAGUCCGAAGAAGUUUGGAAAACAUUGGAAACGGCGGAGGCGAGUUUAUUAGAGAUGUUAACCGCGAAAGAUUACGACUGCUCCAGGUAUUUCGGUGAUAAUGCUGUCCCCACCUCCAGACCACCGGAAACGGUACAGAUCAAGCUCAGAGCAGAUAGACAGGAAACUGAAGAAUUCUACCUCACGAAAUUCAGGGAAUAUCUUCUUGGAACCUCAAGAAUAGCUAGGUUAGAUGCAAAGCAAGAAUAUAUACGGCAAAGUUUGUUGGAUGGCUCCACUGCCAGUCCGAACCCAUCGAUAUCGGCGUCGAAACAGAAGCAAGCACGAAGGAAACGAAUCGGUCGGCUGCAGAUGAACGGUCAACCAAAAUUGUUCGGCGGCUCGUUAGAGGAAUAUUUAGAAAGCACGAAUCAAGAGAUACCGCUGAUUAUGAAGAGUUGUAUCAGAGUUAUCAAUCUGUACGGUCUUCAUCAUCAAGGCAUAUUCCGCGUCUCUGGUUCCCAAGUGGAGAUCAACAACUUCCGGGAGUGGUUCGAAAGGGGAGAAGAUCCGUUGGCUGAUGUCACCGACGCCUCAGAUAUUAACAGCGUAGCCGGCGUGUUUAAGCUCUAUCUCAGAGAACUCAGGGAACCGUUAUUCCCCAUCAUAUAUUUUGAGCAUCUAAUGGAAUUGGCACAGUUGGAAUCGAAACAGGAAUUCGUUAGCAAGAUGAAGGAACUGAUCUCCAGUCUUCCAAGGCCAGUCGUGAUAGUAAUGCGUUACCUCUUUGCUUUUCUAAAUCACCUCUCGGAAUUUUCGGAUGAGAACAUGAUGGACCCGUACAAUCUGGCAAUCUGCUUCGGUCCCACAUUGGUGCCUGUUCCGGAAGACAAGGACCAAGUGCAGUACCAGAAUCAGGUUAACGAACUUAUCAAGAACAUCAUCACGUUCUGUGAGGAAAUAUUCCCAGACGACAUCGGAGGUACACAGUACGAGAAAUACAUCAGUAGGGAGCCGGAGGACGUAGACGUGGGAGACUCGCCAACGGAGCAGGUUCAGGAAGACAUGGACUCCGAGGUGUAUCCAUCCGAGGACGAAUCGGAAAACCUCGAAGCCACAGCACAAUUCGAUUUCAAUGCAAGGUCCGAAAGAGAGUUAAGCUUCAAAAAGGGAGAUACCUUGACUCUAUACACACAAGUCAGUAAUGACUGGUGGCGAGGUGCCUUGGCUGGUAGAGAGGGGCUUAUUCCCGAUAAAUAUAUUAUGAUCAAGAUAAAAGAUGAGGAGCGAGAGAAGGAGCUCCUGAAGUCGUCAAGCGAAGAAUCGAUGCGACGAAGGACUUCCAGCUCUGCUGAUAGUAUUCUUUCAAGUAACAAUUCACCGCUGAUGGGGCCGACCGGGAAUCCGGCUACUUGGUCUUCCAGCACCACGUCCGACGUUCAGUCGACGACGAACAUAAUCGCAACAGACAAUAGCAGUAACAGUGGCGUUAUUCCGGCAGUCGUGACAAAUGUCCAGUGCAUCUCGUCGGCGCAACCGAUCAUCAGUCGAGAGGAAUGCUCGUCCCGAGUGACGAUGGUAUCUACACCUGAGAAGGAGAAGCACGCCUUCGCUUCGGAUCACCGUGCGGAUGCUACGCCGAUCAUAGUCGGUGGUAACGUGGACAACGAGAAAAUGUCAGACUUCAGCGAUUCAUCGCAGCAGCAGCAACGGAGCGAGGACGUUGGCGAGGACAUGGAACGUAUCUCAUUGAUGAGUCUGGACGGAGGGAAACGUGGGACGAGCAGAAAACAACACUGGAAGUCGCAAAGUAUGGGUGACACGAUGCAACAGACGGGGAAUACUAUGCAAACCGGCACUAUCUCUCAAGAGGAAGAACUCCUGGAGCAACCGACGUUCUCGGCGAAUCGCGAGCUCUGGCAGAGACGAGCGACGUCACAGACACAGUUAAAUCCGUCUGCGGCUCCGAAUCACAAGCUCUUCCGUACUUCUCAAGAGUUUCGGGAGAUGCGUCAGAAGCACACACCGGAUCUGGUGAUGGAUCUGCCGCUGUCGGCACAGGACGCGAGCAAGAAAUCCGCCUCGUCGAGCAGUUUGAGCAGUUCCGACGAGGAAACGCCUACACAACCGUCUCGCGCUGAGGCAGCGACGUCGCCUACGGGAGGACCCGAGUCUCCCGACAUGAGUACGGCCGCGGAACGAUUCGCUAAACAAAACCAGUGUACUCUGAAGAAGAACACGAAGUCGAAUCCGGAGGCGUCGAAACUGAAACGCGUCGAUACUGAGAACGAGCCCGAGCAAGAGACUGAGGAGAUCGUCAGAUCGGCCAGUUCCAAUCAGUUGUCGGAUUCGAUGCCGUUGAAGUCGCCGCUCCCUCCACGUUCCACGCCGAAGAUAGUUGCCAAGUUCGCGGACAUGCACCUGACCGGCGGCAGUCAGGUGUCCUCCUUCAAGCCGCAGAUAAAGGUGAAGCCAACGAUCCUCAGGAAACCGGUGCUGCCGUUCCCGCAUCCGCAUAUGAGCCCCGAGCUCGCGAGGAAAAUCGAGAAACAGGCGCAGAGCGCUGAACAAACCAAUUAAUUGCUGCCCAGGGUACAUUGCAUGCUAGAGAAAUACAUGUGAGUUUUCAUCAGCGUGGAAAUAAUUUAUUUUCAGCGAUCUAUGCGUGUUUGAGUACGAUUUGAUGACGUGUGUUUGCCACUGACUUUCCAUUGACCAGUCACUCCGCCCAAAUCGCAAGGAUACGAAGUGUGUUAGCUACUCUUACCCAAGAAGAAAGGAAAAGCCGGACAGCAUCUGUUCAUCGUCAUGGAACACAGGUGCGAAUUGUAAUCGAUUUCCCGCGCACCUGUGCGCCCCGCUAUACGAAAGAUCCGAUGCUGUCCUCGGGCCGAGUUUAUUUUUUCUACAACUAUUUUCCAUUUUCGCAUAAUUUUUUUACCAAAUGACCCGCGAAACGAUGUUUCUAGUCAUCGAGCGACGAUUGUAAAACGAUGCGAGAAAUGUGUGAGCGAGAAAGUACAUCGAAAAAAGAAAAAAAAACAAAGCAUGAAAAUUUUCAACUUCAAGAUUAAGUAGUUGUUCGUGGAGAGCGUGAGAGGGAGAGCGUGUGUGUGAGAGAGGGAGAGAUAGAGAGAAACGAAGAGAAAAAGCAAAAUGAUUUUGUACGUUGGACGAUAUGUAAUUUAUUGCAAGGAAUUCUUUUCUCUUCGUGUUAUCAGUAUGAUUGCAACAAACGUGUUCGAUGUUCCUUUAAAGCGCACGCCAGUGAAUUAGAGUUUCAAAAAGAAAAGGAAAGAAACAGAGCCUUUUUCAGGAGCUUGUUCCUCGCGGAGGAUGAGUGAGAUAAUUUCGGGACAUCAGUUCUGUGUUAUUACUAUUAUUAUCAUCAUCAUUAAUAUUAUAUUAAACAUUAUUAACACGUCACGAACGUCUUUAAUAAGAAUUAUACGACAAUGAUGUUCGAUAUAUUCGAGAAUAAUAAGUGUACAAUAAUGCACGAAUAUUUAACGGUUCGACGUCAGUUUUAGAUAUGUAUCGAUAAUUUUAUUGUGGAAAAAAAAUUCAACGAAAUAGGAAGGAAGCGAUGUAACACCUCAACGUAUUCAUGCCCCUUCCUCGUAUCCAAUAUAAAAAAAAACCAUUGUACUCGUUUAUCGAAUAAUAUGCAUAUGGUAUACGUGGUACUAUAUGCAAAGCAUUUUACGAAUAAACUGUACAUCGGAUGGAAAAUCAUUCGAGGCGCGUUAUAAACAAGCGCGGUCCACAAAUUAACGAGCGAUGAUAUGAAUUCAGUUAGAGGGUUGACUAACGUAAUACUCUUUAUAGUUACUGAUCAAGUAUUAGUACGAAAUAUUAUCACAUUAUACCCACCGCAAUAAGAAAAUACCAAAGCCAGUGGAUUAUCGUCUUUCGUUCAAUUGUAUCAUAACGUGUAUCACACGAAUACGACCGCUAGGAUUCUGGUUCUUUUACGAUGCGUUCGUUUUUACCUGCGUACAUACGUAGUUCACUCCAGUGGUGAGAGUUGCACUUCAACGAUCGUUCCAGUUUCCAUAAACGCAGCCUCAUGCUGACUUGUUAAUUUCAUCGGUUAAUUUAACGUGUAAUUUAUAGUAUCCAUUCGUGCGAAUAUAAGAGCCUAAUUUCAUCCAUCGUUAUUGAUCAGUUACUAAUAUUGACUUCAAUAAAGAACUAUGCAGGCUAGA